GCGUGUGGUGCCGUAGGGGACCGGGGUGGUGGUGGUGGAGAAGAAGCACCGGUAAAUCAAGGGGCGACCAGAAAGGUCGCUUAGCAAACGGCACCGAUGCAGUAGCUAAUCAUGUCGGCCCAAGGCACCGAGAGGGAGAAAGGCUCUUCCAGGAGGCGUUCUCCAAAUUGGCGCGCCUGGAUGCCUGGGCUAAGUUGUAGAUUUUACCAGCAUAAAUUUCCAGAAGUAGAAGAUGUGGUCAUGGUGAAUGUCCGGUCCAUUGCAGAAAUGGGAGCUUACGUUAGCCUUCUGGAAUAUAACAAUAUUGAGGGCAUGAUUCUACUCAGUGAGUUAUCCAGGAGACGUAUCCGUUCAAUAAACAAACUCAUUCGAAUUGGAAGAAAUGAAUGUGUUGUUGUCAUAAGGGUUGAUAAAGAGAAAGGUUAUAUUGACUUGUCAAAAAGAAGAGUUUCUCCAGAAGAGGCAAUUAAAUGUGAAGAUAAAUUCACCAAAUCAAAAACGGUUUACAGCAUUCUUCGCCAUGUUGCUGAAGUUUUGGAAUACACAAAAGAAGAACAGCUGGAGAGCCUGUUCCAGAGAACAGCUUGGGUAUUUGAUGACAAGUACAAAAGGCCUGGAUAUGGAGCAUAUGAUGCCUUCAAACAUGCAGUUUCGGAUCCUUCAAUUCUUGAUGGACUGGAUCUGACAGAAGAUGAGAAGCGUGUCCUAAUUGACAAUAUCAAUAGGCGAUUGACACCACAAGCAGUCAAAAUUAGAGCAGAUAUUGAAGUUGCCUGUUAUGGCUAUGAGGGAAUUGAUGCAGUGAAAGAAGCUUUGAGAGCAGGCCUGAGUUGUUCUACGGAGAGCAUGCCCAUCAAAAUAAAUCUGAUAGCUCCUCCACGGUAUGUGAUGACCACUACAACACUGGAGAGAACUGAAGGCCUUUCUGUGCUCAGCCAAGCCAUGGCAGUCAUUAAAGAAAAAAUUGAAGAGAAGAGAGGUGUCUUCAAUGUACAGAUGGAACCCAAAGUUGUCACUGACACUGAUGAGACUGAGCUUGCAAGACAGCUGGAAAGGUUGGAGCGUGAGAAUGCUGAAGUGGAUGGAGAUGAUGAUGCUGAGGAGAUGGAGGCAAAAACUGAAGACUAGAAUGCUUGGAAUUGAAAGUAUAGGAUGGCUGUUACACAUCUAUAUGCCAAACUGGUGAAAACAAAUUUGAUUGAGAGUCUGUUAUUGAAAACCUCAGAAGAAAAGACUUGAAAUGUUUCAAGUUUUAAUGAGACCAAGUUUUGAAGAGAUAAGAAACAAUCUCCUGCAGUGGUGUUUUUUUUAAAUCUCCGUGGGAAGGUGCCUCUGACUGAAGAGUUAAUUCCCCUCCCCCGCCCCACCAAUAAAGUGUGACGGCUGUCUAUAAUCUCAUAUCUAACAAAUUGAAACUGGCAACUAUUCGAUAUGUCGGUGAGAUUUUUAGGACUCUGACCAAUAUUGCUUCGCAGGCUACUCAAGCAAAUAUUCAAUAAAUUUCUUGGAUAUUUA